CAUCCUCUGGGUAGCCCGGGAAGGAUGAGCUCGUACGGUUACGACCCGUUUUUCCCAUCCUACAAGCGGCGUUAUGCCGAGAGCCCUCGGCUCCAUGUGUCUGUGCGAAGCGGCGGCGGCUACAGCUCUGCUCGCUCCGCUUAUUCCAGUCUGUCCGCGCCAGUGUCCUCGGUGUCCGUGCGACGCAGCUAUGCCACCUCCAGCGCCUCGGGCUCUUUGCUGCACUCCGUGGACAGCCUCGACCUGAGCCAGGUAGCUGCAAUCAGCAACGACCUUAAAUCCAUCCGUAGCCAGGAGCGAGCUCAGCUGCAAGACCUAAACGAUCGUUUCGCUUGUUUUAUCGAACGAGUCCACGAGCUGGAACAGCAAAAUAAGGUGCUAGAGGCUGAGCUGUUGGUGCUGCGGCAGAAACACGCCGAACCCUCUCGUUUUCGAGCUCUGUAUGAGCAAGAGAUCCGUGAGCUGCGUUUGGCCGCGGAGGAGGCGACGAGCGAGAAACAAGCGCUGCAAGGGGAGAGGGAGAGCCUGGAGGAGACGCUCCGGGGGCUGCAGGCAAGGUACGAGGAGGAGGUGCUGAGCAGGGAGGAUGCUGAGGCUCGACUGCUCGAGGUGCGCAAAGGAGCGGAUGAAGCAGCACUGGCUCGGGCAGAGCUGGAGAAGAGAGUGGACAGCUUGCUGGACGAGCUGGCUUUCCUCAAGAAGGUACACGAGGAGGAGCUGGCAGAACUACAGGCUCAGAUCCAAUAUGCUCAUCUCUCGGUGGAGAUGGAUGUGUCGGCUAAGCCUGAUCUGUCAGCUGCUCUGCGAGACAUCCGAGCUCAGUAUGAGAAACUGGCUGCUCGCAAUAUGCAGAAUGCCGAAAAGGAAUGGUUCCGCAGCCGUUUCACCGUGCUCAGCGAGAGUGCUGCCAAGAACACGGAUGCUGUUCGAGCUGCCAAGGAUGAGGUAUCCGAAAGUCGUCGCCUGCUCAAAGCUAAGACGCUGGAAAUCGAAGCCACCCGCGGGAUGAAUGAAGCGCUAGAGAAGCAGCUGCAGGAGCUGGAAGAGAAGCAGAGUGCUGAUAUCUCUGCCCUGCAGGAUACCAUCAACAAACUGGAGAAUGAGCUGAGAACCACAAAGAGUGAAAUGGCUCGAUACCUCAAGGAGUACCAGGAUCUGCUCAAUGUCAAAAUGGCUUUGGACAUUGAAAUUGCAGCAUACAGGUAUGUGCUGGAAGGGGAAGAAACUCGACUCAGUUUCACUAGUGUUGGAAGCAUCACCAGUGGCUACACUCAGAGUGCUCCAAGUUUUGGCAGAUCUGCCUAUGGUGGUCUCCAGUCCAGCUCCUACUUGAUGACAACUCGUUCUUUCCCCACCUACUACUCCAGUCAUGUCCAGGAAGAGCAGAUUGAAAUAGAGGAAACAAUUGAGGCUGCUAAAGCUGCAGAAGCCAAAGCAGCUCCUGAAGAAGAAGGUGAGGAGGAAGAGAAGGAGGAAGGUGAGGAAGAAGCAGGAGGUGAAGAGGCUGAAGAAGAGGAGGGAGGUGCCAAGGAAGAAUCAGAAGAAGCCAAAGAGGGUGAGGAAGAGGAAGGAGAAGGGGAAGAAACAGCAGCUGAAGAAGGGGAGGAAUCUCAAGAAACUGCUGAGGAAGCUGCUGAGGAGGAGAAGGAAGAGAAAGAAACCCCAGGAAAGGAAGAGAGUGAAGGGAAAAAAAAGGCUUGAAUUGAAGGCAGUUUAGCUUUCCAUCAGGCCAAGAGAAUGAAUGAUGAUUGACUGAGCUAAAAUUGCAGUCUCAUAUAUUUAAUUCAGUCCCCACUGAGGUUUAAAGUUAAUGAUAAUGAUGUUUCUCUCUGUGCAGAGUCUGAGUUUUGCUUGCAGAGCACCCACUGGCUUGUUCCCUGGAUGCUGCAUGGUGUACACGUAUGAAUUCAGGCCUUGUGUCUCUCUCUUGGAUGGUUCAGAACCUAAAUAUUUAAAAAUGAGGG